UUUCUCGAGAAUCAUGAGAGCAAGUGUUUGAAUUGAGAGACAAGAACUUUGGCAGAGCACGGAGGGGGAAAAAUGGCGCCGUAAAACCAACAUAAAAACCCUUUGCUGUUGCUGUUGCUCGUUUUUCACCGCCCUAAAAACACCAUCGCCAGUGGCGUGCGCUGUUCUCCAUUUUCCAGGGCGCGCCAGGCGAGAGGAAGAAGAAGAAGGCACUCCAGAUUUAUGCCAUGCAUCAUACCGUUCUUCCCCUCUCCGCGCGAGCACCCGAUCCGGCCGCCCUGAGCGCCAAAAUCCGAUUUUGACGACUUGGGUUCGCUCCCCGGCCGCCGCUCCCCCUGCCCAACUGGAUCUGCGAGCGAGAAAUCGGCUGCACGGGUGAGAUCACACAUGGUCGGGUCGGUUCCAUCCUCUCGGGCAGACGCUGGAGGGCAGCUGCUCCGCGAGCUCGAGGCGCUCAGCCAGGCGCUCUACAAGGCCAAGGGCAGCAGGAAGGAGCCGCAAGAUCGAGCGCUGCUAACAUGGCACUCGGACGGGGCCGAUCUUCCCGAUUUCUUGAGCGAUCAGGGGUCUGUGCCAGCGGCGGCAGUGACGCAGCAGCUCCCAAUCGCCCACCAGCGCAAGAAGAAGGGCGGCAGCCUCUGGGACUGGAAGCCGCUGCGAGCUCUGGCACACAUCGGCCAGACGAGGUUUGGUUGCGAGUUCGUCGCCCACGUCCACGGGAUUAGCAAGCUCCCGGCAUCGCUGGAGGGCCUUCGUCUCCAGGUCCGGCUCAAGCACAAGGAGAGCGAGGCAAGAACAGUGCCUUCCCUGGUUUUCAAAGGCUGUGCCGAUUUCGAGGAGGCUCUCCGGAUCAAGUGCGCCGUCUAUGGCAGCUCCAGCUCCAGCGGUGGCGUUCGCUACACGUCCAAGACCUUCACUCUCUCGGUCGUGGCUCCUGAUGCUAGCGAGCUCGAGCUCGGGAAGCACAGGCUCGAUCUCAGCCGGAUCCUCCCGGACGAUAGCUCCGCUCGGGGAUCGGGGAAGAAGAGCAGCUGGAACACGAGCUUCAAGCUCUCCGGGAGGGCCAAAGGUGGGAUUUUGGUGGUGACUUUCGGGUAUGAGAUGGAUGAGAGUGGUGAUCCUGUUCCAUCGUCCACGGAUGCUGCUACUGCGGGGAAGUUUAGCUCGCAUUCUCCGCCGGAUCCAAGGCUGGUGAGGUCGUUUAGCAGCUUGCCGAGCUCGCCGCAAGGUGUGAUCGCUCUCUCCGGUGUGAGGAAGCAGCAGCAGAAAGGUGGCGGAGCUUCUCCCGCGCAGUCGGAGCCCGAGUACUCGAUCGACGUGGAGAAUCUAAACCUUGACGACGAUGAUCCGGAGGAGGAGGAGGACACCGGGACAGCCAUGACGAUGAGCUCCAGCUCGGGGCUGCUGGCGCCGGAUACUCCUGGGAGGCAGCAAGAACAGGAGCUCAAAGAGUUUAGUAUGGAGCAGUCGGAUGAUCGAGACGAGGAUGACGGCGAGGCGGACUUCUCCGUGGUGGAUCAAGGCGUGGAGGAGUCGUCUCGUCGAGUGGAGGAGAGUUUCUUCGAGGAGGACCGGAGCUUUCAUCCCGAGAGCGAGGGUGGCGAGCUGGACGACGAGGCCGAGAAGUUCUUACACAUGCUGGGAACGAGCUCGGACGACGAGGGAGAGAUUUACAGCUGCUCGCCGCGGGGAUUGCUGCUGCGGCAGUUCGAGGAGGAGCAAGCUCUGCUCGGGAGGAACUUUGGAGGUGGAGGAAUGGUGGCGGAGGAAGAGACUUCUACUGUUCUUGUGCCUUACUCUCGACCAGCGAUCGAGCAGCAGCAGCAGCAGCAGCAGCAAAUCCAGGUUGGAAGCUGGGGCAGCGAAGAAGACGACGAUCUCUCGGCCUUCAUGGACGCGGCGGAGAUGGAGCUUCAGAAGGCAGCACAGGCAGCGAGGAGCAAAGCUCGAGCAAAGCUUCUCGAGGACGCCGAGGCCGAGGCUCUCAUGCAAGAGUGGGGUCUCAACGAGCGAGCUUUCCAGAGAUCUCCUCCAAAGCACGCGGGGGAUUUCUCGGCAGCCAGCGCUCUGGCGGUGAUACCAUCCGAGCCUCCAUGUCUCGCGGACGGACUCGGCUCCAUGAUUCCAACUCGCGACGGUGGCUCGCUGCGAACGAUGAAUCCGAUCCAUUUCCAGGGAGGAAGGAACGAUGGCCGGCUCGUUAUCCAGGUCUCCAAGCCAGUGGUGGUGCCUGCGGAGAUGGGAUCGGGUGUUUUGGAUAUCUUUCGCAGCCUCGCAGCCGGUGGAUCCGAAAACAUGGCGCUCCAAGUCAUGGAAACGAUGCCUCUCGAGGAUAUAACCGGCAAGAACAUAUACCAGAUAGCUAUGGAGGGUCAAGCUUCACUGGAAGGAGCUCCAAGGUAUCCAGCUCUUGGUGGUGGACAAGGCAGUGGUAGUAACAGGCUAGCUCUCGAGUAUGGGCAUGGUGGAAGUGGUGGACUAGAAGUAGCCAAGAACAGCUCUGGAGCCUUGUUUGAUCAGAGGAGAUAUGGUGGAAGUGGUGCUUCGCCGAGGCCGCGAAGCUCGGAUGAUACUUUCAUGUCGCUGGAAGAUCUGGCUCCGGUGGCGAUGGAGAAGAUCGAGGCUCUGGCGAUGCAGGGGCUCAAGAUCCAGUCGGACAUGGCCGAGGAGGAAGCUCCAUACGCGAUCGAGCCAGGCAGCAGCAGCAAUCUCUUAGAAGGUGGCGGGAGUGGAAGUUUGAGGUUGAUCGAGGCAGCACCGGGGCAAGAUCACGGCAGUGAGAGUGGAUUGAUGGCUAUGUCGAUCUCGCUCGACGAGUGGAUGAGGCUGGACGCUGGAGUUUACGACGAGGCCGAGACGACGGACAAGACCAAGGCUGUUCUUGCAGCUCACCACGCCGCGCAUUCCACGGACAUCGUCUUGAUGGCCAACGCGAGCGACGAUCACAGCAGCGGCAGUAGCGGCAAGAGAGUGAUGGAUUCUUCUUCUUCUUCUUCGCAGGAUCAAGGUGGUCUCAUGGGUGACACACUCACGCUCGCCAUGCUCGUCCAGCUCCGUGAUCCUCUCAGGAACUUCGAGCCAGUGGGAGCACCGAUGAUGGCAUUCGUCCAGGCGGAGCGAGUGCUCGUUCCUCCUCGGCCAAAGAUGUUCAAGAGAGUCUCGAUCCAAGGCAACAGCGAGGUGGACGAGGAGGAACUCCAGCAACAGCAGCAGGGAUCAUCGUCGCAGUUCAAGAUCACUGGAGUUCAUAUGGCGGGUCUCAAGUCGGGUGAUUCGAUCGAGGGUGGCAACGGCAAAAAGAGGGUCUGGGGGACACAAAAGCAGCAGCAAUCCGGGUCGCGGUGGCUGCUCGCUCACGGGAUGGGAAAGACUGGAGGUCCCAAGCAUCCGCUUCUCAAGACUUCCAAGAAUCCUGGAAGUGUUGUUCCACCUCCGGUUGUUGCCGAUCAAGCUCCCACUCCAGCGCCAGCUCCAGCUCCAGCUCCGGCGAAGAAGAACAGCAGCGGCAAAGGUGAAUCUCUGUGGAGCAUCUCGGCUCGCGUGGGUAGCAAAGCCGCCGCUGCCGCGACAUCAUCCAUCACCCGGAAUCCAGACGUCAAGUUUGGAAGCAGGCUCUCGCUGGGGAAGAAGAAAUGGUGAUGGAUGACAAACUUGUAUAAGCUGUGGAUUCUAUUAGAUUUAAAAUGAAAAAACUAUAAAUUAUAAACAUAUUUAGAAUUUAUAAACACAAGAUUAAUCUAACUAAUGCAGUCA